AGGGAGGAUACUCAGCGUAAGGGUUGGAACAGAGGAGAAAAUGUUUAGAUUAUUAGUUCAGCGUUCAGUUCGGUCCUCCAGGUCUAUUCUAGGGAACCAAGUUGACCAGCGGCAGUCUCAUCUAACAAAAACUACAAGGUCAAGGAGCCUAGGACUAAGCUCUGUAUUGCUAGAAAAGAAUUUAAGCGUAACAUACGAGCUUGGAUCAGGAGAACGAGUUACAGUUAAGGCAAGUGAAGGAGAGAAUCUGCUUGAUGUUGCAAUCAAUAAUGAUGUUGAUAUUGAUGGAUUUGGUGCUUGUGAGGGAACUCUGGCGUGCUCAACCUGCCAUCUUAUAUUCUCACCAGAGGACUACAAAAAGAUUGAAGAUGUUGUAACAGAUGAAGAAUUGGAUAUGCUAGAUCUUGCAUUCGGUUUAACUGAUACCUCACGACUAGGAUGCCAGGUUUGCAUGACCAAGGCGCUAGACGGGGUGGUUGCUAAGGUUCCUGAAGGAGUAAACGAUCAGAGAUAAUCUAUCCUAUCAUUAUAAAUAGCAAACCCAUUACCAACUCGUGGGAACAGGACAAGCUAUUGUGUGUAAAACUAGGAAAGUAAGAAAACAAUUAUUUCACAAACCCUGGCAAAUGUCCCCUCUACCAUGUCAAGAAAAUGUCCAUCGUGUUGAAAUUUACUGUUUUAAUGCGUCACACUCAAUCCUUUUCCCUCAUCUUAGUUCUAUACACACUAAACUUAAGCCGGGUUUAACUUUAAGUUUGGAAAAUGGAGUUAAAACUGACUUUUCAAACUAGGUUUAAGUUAAAUAUGGUUUUAAGUUGAUAAUCUAUCAAAAUCAUGUCUAAGCAAACUAAACUCUUGAUUUUGAUAUUAGUGGCUGGAGUCCUAUCCUUAGAGUUAUACAAGACUGCGUUUUUUUAAAUAUAGGAUACUUCAGAGAAGAAAUCUUUUUAAAAUUAGUUUAAUCAAGAUAUUGACGUUUUAUUAAAAUUUAAACAAGACUUAUUUUUAAACAUGAAUUAACGAGAACAAACAAAAAUAAGGGACUAAAUAAAUGCUUUCCACUAAUUUUCUAAAUAAAAGUGAAAAAUUGAAUUGCGUAAUUUAUGCAUCUACUUUGUGUUACCAAUGGUUACAAUUGCUACAAAUAUAAGUUUGGAAUAUUUUUAUAAAUCAAAUCCCUUGAUUAUCCAACCAAGUUAAUCUUGCAAAUUAUAUUGUUUUAUAAUCA